GAAGCAAUCAGCAAUUUGUAGCCAUGCGAAUGACGGCAAGCUCAGUCUUGUACGACCCGUCGACGCGGACACAUAUCGGUGCAAUAAUCAAAUCGCCCCCGAUCGGUUAAUACCCAGUUCCGGAACAACAACAACAAACAAAACAACACAACAGAAUGUCGGCAGCCACAGAACAACAGAAUAACGGCGAUGUGGCCGUGGAGAAGGUGGCGGCGGAGGAUGUGUCCGCCGUCAAGGACGAUCUCAAAGCGAAGGUGGCCGCUGAGGAUAAGGCAGCCGCCGCCGAUGCUGCUGGCGAUGCGGCCGAUAACGGUACGGCAAAGGACGGCGAAGAUGCCGCCGACGCCGCCGCCGCCGCUGCCCCCGCAAAGGAAUCAGUGAAAGGCACCAAGAGGCCAGCAGAAGCCAAAUCCGCAGAAUCAAAGAAGGCCAAGAAGGCCGCCGCCGCCGAUGGCGAUUCCGAUGAGGAAGAGGCUCUGGAGGAAAUCAUCGAGGGUGACAGUGAAAUCGAGAGCGACGAAUACGACAUACCCUAUGAUGGCGAGGAGGAUGACAUCGAGUGCGAUGAUGACGAUGAUGAUAAUGAUGACGGUUCUGGCUCGGACGAUCAGGCGUAAUAAUAAUGUAGUCAAAAAUACAAACAAAAACAAACAAAAAAUUUAAAUUAAUAAUAAAUAAAAGUUACAAGCAAAAACAAAACAAAACAAACAAAAAAAUAAUAAACCAACAACCAGAAAAUAAACCACAACAAGGAGAAGAAGAAGAUGAUGAAGAUAAGAAGAAUGAGAUGAUAAAAAAACACAAAAAAAUCGCAAAAGUAUAUAAUUUUAUGUUUAAGAAAUAAUUUUUUAUUUCUUACCUUAUUUUAAUUGUAUUUAUGUGUACUUUUUUUAUAAAAAACUACAAAACAAACAAAAAUUGUAAUUGAAGGCAUUUUCGUAUAAAAGCAAUCUAUACGGAAACCCAACAAAAAAGUAAACAUCCCCACUAUAUACAAGAAGAAAAAAAAAAAAA